CUCUCUCUCAGUUCAUAACUUCACUGCUUGCAGCGCUGCUUCACUGUAUUCUUCAUCAUGUCCUGGACUCAUCUGGUCUUUCUCUCUCUGCUCGCCACCCUCCUCAUCCUCACACUCUUCACCGGGGUGGAGAGUGCAUCGGUGAGAGACGAAAAAGAUGGAAGAGACGGAAAAGCUGCAGAGCCCGAAGGGUCAGCGCGGCGAGUCUUCAUGCCCGAAGCGGACGCAACAAACUUCUUCAAAAAGCGCAGUCGGCGCUCGGCCAAACAUGAGGCGGAGGUCCUCG